AUGUGCCCAUGUUCAACUAUCACAAUUCCAUAUCAAAAUGUUACUGUAAAUAAUGUCACAACACAUCCAAUAUGUUCAAGUGUUUUCAUCAGUCGAGAAUGGGUGACAAAGUUGUAUUUUGAAAAUGCAAGUGAAUAUGGUGUGUGGGAUUUUCGAACAACAGCAUAUUCACAAUUUGAAUUGCUGUCAAGAUUUUGUUCUCUUUCAAAACAAAUCAUUUCCCAGAUUCUGAUUGAUGUGAAUAACACUGAACUUGUCAAUCUUUAUCUUCUUUCUGAAAAGCAAAUUGAGAGAGAAAUUUAUGGAACGAUUGAACAUUUGAAGAAUAGUGCAACAUCUCAAAUGAUAACGUUCUUUGAUUAUCUAAAAAACACAAGUGACCGACAUUAUUCCAUCACGGCUCUCAAUACAAACUUCAUCAUUUUGGCAACUGAUGAAGCGGAUAAAUAUCUUUCUUUGAAAGGGUACGAAUUACUGUUAUUAUUUGAUGAAUUAGUGCUAUGGGAUGACGAUCCAAUACUUUUGGUCAAUGCUACACUCAGUUCACUACCAUCCGAACUGGAUGAUUUACGUAGGAGAUAUGAAUUGUAUCUAAUGUCUGAUUCAAUGGUUGUCGAUGGAUUCCUCAUAGGAUAUACACCUCUUUAUGCGCUUCUCCAUAGUACAUUAGAUUGUCUUUACAAAGUGCAAUGUCUUCAGCUACUACUCGAUUUUUUUCCAAAAUUAACACAACUCAAUUUCAAUCUAAAUAAUUCGGUUUUAUCUUCUCAAAAUGAAAGAAUACCUAUUCAUCAAUAUUUGAAUACUCUUUUCAUUACAAACUGGUCGAGACAGAUUGAUUAUAAGAAAUAUUUUCAACUAUGUUCUCCAUAUUCAUGUUCGUAUUCGAAAACAGAACAAACAGAAUUAGUCUAUGCGAUAACAAUUUUCAUCAGUCUCUACGGCGGUCUCAUCAUUGUUCUUCGUCUCAUUGUAUCAUUUUCUGUUGAUGCCAUAACCAAAUGGAAAUGUUGGUUAAAAAAAAGGAAUGACAAUUCAACAGGUGACGAUUUAUUGACAUUAAGUAUAACAUCAUGA